AUGGAUUCACAAAAUAAGCAAGCAGAAUUUCGAUACAUUGAUGGUAGAAGAUAUCAUAAUGCAGAAAAUAUUGUAUAUCAUUUACCAAACGAUGAAAAUGAAACAGAUAGAUUACAUACUCAACAUUUCUUACUAAGAUACAUCUGGCAAAGUAAUUUUUCUGCUCCUGUCGAACAUAUUUUGUCUAAACCAGGUGCCAAAGUUCUUGAUAUUGGAUAUCCAUUGAUUAAUGUUGUUGGAUUAGAUAUAUCUCCAUACCAACCAACUCAAAUAAAACCUAGAAAUUUUGAAUUCAUUAAGGCAAAUGCUCAAGAAGGAUUACCAUUCGAUGAUAACACUUUUGAUUUUGUAUUUCAACGAUUUUUGUUUAUUGGAUAUACUAUAGAGAAGUGGCCAUAUAUAAUAAAUGAGAUUGUCAGAGUUUUAAAACCAGGUGGAUUCGUAGAGUUAUGUGAACCUUCCAAUGUAUUUGAUGGAGGACCUGCUACUCAACGUUUAUGGAAUUAUGGCGAGGCUGAAUUGUUAAGAAAACAAGGUGGCGAUUUUGAUGUAUAUCAAAAAUUAGAGAAAUAUUUACAAGAUCAAGAGCAAUUGGUAAAUAUUAAAAAAGAGGUGAAACAAAGCUAUUUUGGCACAAAGCACAACAAUCUCGAGCUUAGUAAAGUGAAUGUCGGUAAUGCAAUUAACGCAUUAGUUUCUCUUAAACCUAUUUUAACAAAAACAUUGCAGGCUUCUGAUAAAGAAUAUGAUGAAUUGGUUAAAACAUGCGAAAAAGAAUUAUUUGAGCUUGAUACUUAUUUUUAUACUGUUCGUGCUUAUGCGAGCAAAGUUUCUGAUAAUAUUAAUGAAUCAAUAAUUCAAA